AUGUUCGCCGCCCGCAGAAGCGCAGCGAGGGCCGCCCAGGCCUCGCGCGCCGCCGUCGCCCGCCAAUCGCGCCGCGCCGCCUCGCACGACGCCCACCACCACCACGCCGCCGACGCCCACCACGGUCCGAAGGAGGAGCACUUCAGCACCGGCUUCUACUUCGCCGUGGGCUUGAUUCCCGCCGGCUUCCUGCUCUACCAAUGGACCGGCACGCCCAACGACCCCGCCGACGGCCGCAAGCCCUACUUCACCCGCAUGGUCGACAUGUACUCGGACUACCGCCAAACCUGGGCUGAGCGCAACAAGCUGCACACCGACAUGAUCGAGCAGGCCGCUUUCGACCGCCACCUCUUCCUCAACUCCACCCCCCGUCGCCACGUCGACUUGACCUUCCCUGAGGCUUUCAACUGCGGCUCGCCGUACAACGUUCCCGCCGGAUCGCAGGCUGACCUCUCCAAGGUCAUCGAGCACUAUGAGAAGGUCAACUACGAGGAGAAUGCCAAGAAGCUCGAGGCCCUCAAGAACGGCACUCUCAAGGCUGAGCAGCCCCCCUCCAAGCUGGGCAGCGGCAAGGCUCCUGCCAUUGUCCCGCCCUCGCCUGCUUAG